AUAAAUUACAGAGUAUGUUUAAAAAUAAGAUAAGUUUUGGUUGAUCGGCGUUUCAACAAGUGUAAACACGUGUUUCAACGCAGACGAAUCAAGUGCAGCAUUGUUAAUUAAUCAGAAAAAAACCGUCAUUUGCGUUAAAAAUUCUCAAUCUCUUGGUAAAUAAAUGUCGAGUGAAUUGAGAAAUAUUAGUCAUUCGAUAAAUUAGAUUUCAGUUCUUUCAGAAAAGCAAAAGUGCGCAAGAGUUAUACAUCGGAUUCUUUUAGAAGAAAACGGCUUGAUCGAUUCCAAAUUUUUCAUCAGGAAGUGUGCAGUGUGCACAUUUUGGAGCUCGUACUCCUCAGGAACGCAAACAUGCAUACUUGGCGGACGCCGUCCACGAACCAGACCACAGAAUGGAUUAUAACAUCCAGACGAUCACCCAAGCAGAUCGAGAAAAAGUGCUAAAUUUUUUGCGGAAAUUUUUUUUUAGAGACGAGCCACUAAAUCAUUGUAUUGGACUUAUCCCGGAAGGAGAAAAUAGCACUUGUAUCGAGCUCGAGGAUUAUAGCAUGUCUGCCAUGAGUGAAGAUUUCAGCUUCAUGGCAGUUACUGCCAAUGGGUCAGUCAUAGGUGUCAUACUGAACGGCAGUAUGGGUCCUAUAAGCAAAGAAGAACCUCACUACAUAGUGAAUUGUGCAAAUCCAAAAUUCAAAAAAAUUUUGAAACUACUUUACUGUGUGGAAAAAAAUUCGAAUAUACCAGAAAAAUUCCCCGACCAGAAGGUUUUGGAAAUUCGGAUAAUUUCUGUUGACAGUAAAUGGAGAGGAAAGGGAAUUGCAAAAGCUCUCUUCGAAAAGACGAUGGAAGUUGCCAAAAACAGAGGUUUUGAUAUAAUCCGAGUCGAUUGCUCUUCUGCGAUAACUGGCAAAUUGUGCCAGCGAUUGAGUUUCGAACCGGUUUUCGAACUCAAAUAUGCUGAUUACGUAGACGAAGCAGGAAACCCAAUCUUUAAACCAGCACCACCUCACGAAGCGGAGGUAACUUACGUAAAAAAAGUUCCUCAAUCCGUAAAAGUCUCAAAUUAGAAGGGCUUUCAACACUAAGUGAAAAAAGAGACAAGGAGCAAACGAUGAAUCACCGAGCGCUGUCAUUUUGUACAAAAAAUAACAAAAAAGUGCCUUUUUAUAGAACCCAGGGUGGUCGAAAAAUUUCAUUUUUUAAAUUCCCUGAUCAGGAAUGUUUGAUAACAGGAUUCGA